UAUAAAAUAAAAAUAAAAAAAAAAUAAUUUAAAUUGAAUUAAGCUUUUUUUUUAAGUAAAUUAAAAAUAUAAUAAACUAAAUUAUUUAUGUAUAAAUUUGAUAUAUCAUAAAAAUGAAUAUUAGAGAAAGUACAGGAUUUUAUGAUCUAUGUGUGAACAUAUCAAAAAAUGAAAUACAAAAUUUAUAUCCUAUUUUAUUAAAAUUAUAUGAAUAUGGAUUUAAAACAAUUGCAAUAAAUACUGAUAUAGAUGAAAGUGUUCUUGGAACAGAUAAAAGAAAAAAAAAGAAAGGUGGUGAUAGUGAAAUAUCACAGGAUAUUAUUUUCAAAGCAAUCGACAUAGAAAAUAUAAGAAAAAAAUUUGAUGGAAAAUUAAAAAUUUUUAAUCGAAUUACUUUUUUUUGUUCUGAUUUUACUAAAACACAUAUAUUAAAUCAUUGUUCUACAUUAAAAAAAUACGAUUUGUAUGCUUUUGUUCCAAAAACACAAAAUGCUUUACAAUUUGUAUGUACUCAAUUAAAUGUAGAUAUAAUAACAUUAAAAUCAAAUCAUAUAACUUUUAAGCUUAAUAAAAAAUUAUAUGAUCAAGCAAUUGAAAAAGGGAUACAUUUUGAAAUUCAAUUUAUAGAUUUAUUAAAUCUUGAGUCUAGGAAGCAAAUUAUUCAUUAUUCUCAUCUUUUUCAUACUUAUGGGAAAAGUAAGAAUAUAAUAAUAUCAAGUGGCUUAAAUGAUAUUAGCAUGAUUAGAAAUCCUUAUGAUCUCAUAAAUUUAGCAUAUUUAUUGGGUUUGAAUGAAAUUCAAGCAAAAGCUUCAAUAUUAUAUCAAUGUAAAAAGCUUUUAUUACGAGCAGAAAGAAGACGCAGAGGAAAAGCUGUUUUCAUUAUUGAAAAUCAAAUUAAAGGAUUUAAUCUUACUAAAUAAGAUUAAUUUUUAAAGAAUUAAAGUUUUUAUAAUUAUUUUUAUAUUAAAAUAUAUAAAAGAUUAAUUUUUUC